AUGAUUUCCUUUAGGUUGUCCAAUGUUGAGUAUGUCAAAGAUGUUACCAUGAUACACCCUAUAACUGAUUCAGCCCGACAGCAUGACAGCAACAGAGGCAGCACUGAGGUAAAAACUUGCACAGUUCAAGCCAUGCAGUGGCUAUUUGCUUGACCUAGUUACGUGUAACAGAACAUGUUUCUAUGAUGAAACACCUGAAUGUUGUGCUUUGGUGGUUGUUCGUCUUGUACUUUACAACUGGGAGCCAUGAAAAGUUAAUUAGUUCAUAAUGGCUGCUUACAGAAAUGUUAAGUGUUUGUAUAUUUUUUAAAGUUUUAAUUUUUAAUUUUUUUUAGGACCUUGGUCAGCUUAAACUGACCAUUGAUGGGGAGACCAGGGCAUUUGAUGAGUUUAUGGAUGAGUAUGUCAAGUGCUACUACCCGGACGUUGAGACCAAAAGCUAUCGAGUCCCGCCCAUACACUUCAACAUACAGUCCUUUAAGAAACCAGCUGACUAUGUCAAAGAGAAACCACUCAUACAGUCGGCAGGUCAUGAAUCCGAUGAGGGCGUUCCACCGCUGUGUGAAUGGGAUUUCAUGCCUCACAGAGCAUCUUACAAGUGGCAUGCAGACAAGUCGGCCGUCGGUGAGAGCACAACUGAAAAAACAUGGAAUCCUACUUCUGCCCCGGCAGUCGGCCCAUCGUCUCCUUCCCAACACAAAGUGAACUCUUCACACAACGAACACACUUUUGAGAAACAUCAGCCCAAGGGGGAUGAAUCAGAGACAUCAACGUUGGAACCAAG